UAUUCAAUAAGAAAGAUCAUGACAGUUCAUCAAACCAACGUCGCAAGUGUCCCUUUGAUUCCUCGAAAGAUCUUGUUUGAUAACCCCAAACAAACAGCAGUAAAAGUAUCUCCAGAUGGAAGUUUUCUAGCCUAUCUAGCUCCAAGUGAUCAAAACGUGCUGAACGUUUGGGUUUAUCCUCGUGGGAGUGAGUUGAAGCGUAUAAUGACUAGAGAUACUCAGCGUGGUAUUCGAUUUUUUCAAUGGUCAGAAGAUUCAAGGAGUAUUUUGUAUUUACAGGAUAAGGAUGGCGAUGAAAACUUUCACUUAUGGGCAGUUGAUAUUACUGAGGAAGGCUCUCCAAGUAUAGACCUAACUCCUUUUGAAAAUGUCAAGGUGGAGGGACUGAUGUCUUCCCCCAAGAGACCUAAUGAGCUUCUCAUUGGAAUGAAUCAACGAGACUCGUCUUGUUUUGAUGUUCAUCGUAUUUUUCUAGAUUCACGAGAGAUAUGUUUUGAUACUGAAAAUCCUGGAGAUGUUGUAUCAUGGACGUUGGAUGAAAGUACCAUGACAAUAUUGGGAGCUACUGCUACCCAUCCAGAAGAUGGAAGUACCAUUCUUCGUAUUCGUGAUAGUCCUGAGGUACCUUGGAGAGAGCUGAAAUACUUUCCAUAUGGUGAGGAAGGAGACAUUGUGGAUUUUAGUGCAGACCAUGAGCAUGUAUAUCUUCGAAGCUCUUUAGAAGCAGACAAGACACAACUAGUUUUAGCUAAGCGUUCCAACGGGGCCAUUGUUCAAACGUUGGCUUUUUCUCAUCAAGCCAACGUUGGUCGUGUUCUAUUGCAUCCUGAUGAUAAACGACUUCAAGCCGUUUCUUUUACAUUUGCCCGAAAGGAAUGGAAUUUUUUUGAUGAAUCCAUGAAAGAAGACUUUCUUUUUAUAGAACAAAAGUUUGGUGACGUUGAUUUGGACUUUACAAGUCGUGACCAUGCAGACUCUAUAUGGGUUUUAUCAGUAAUUCGUGACAGUCGUUCUGUUCAAUAUAUUAUGUUUGAUAGAAGAUCAAGAACGAUAACACCUUUAUUCCAUGAACGUCCCGAACUUGAUGAAUAUAUAUUGAGUAAGAUGGAGUCCAUUAUUGUAAGUGCAAGAGAUGGAAUGCAGUUGCAGUGUUAUUUAACAAGACCUGUCUAUGGAACUGCACCAUUUCCUCUUGUUCUCUUUGUACAUGGUGGUCCUUGGGCAAGAGACUAUUGGGGUUUCAAUCCCAUGUCACAAUGGUUUAGCAAUAGAGGAUAUGCUUGUCUUCAAGUCAACUAUCGUGGUUCUGCAGGUUUCGGUAAAAGUUAUUUGAAUGCAGGAGAUAAACAAUGGGGCAUUGGCAAUAUGCAAAAUGAUUUAACGGAUGCUGUCAAAUGGGCUAUAGAAAAUAACAUUACAGUUUGGAAUCAAGUGGCUAUUUAUGGUGGUUCUUAUGGUGGAUAUGCUACAUUGGCAGGUCUUGUGUUUACUCCAGAACUAUAUUGUUGUGGAGUUGAUAUCGUUGGACCCUCCAACUUGAAAACCUUGAUAGACAGUGUUCCUGAUUACUGGAAGCCUAUGAAGAAGGAAUUGUUAUUGAGAAUAGGGCCUGUAGAUACAGAUGAGGAAUUCAAUCGAAAAAUAUCUCCUUUGUUUCAUGUGGAGAACAUCAAGGCACCACUUUUAAUAGGACAAGGAGCAAACGAUCCUAGAGUGAAGCAGCGCGAAAGUGAUCAAAUAGUAAAGGCAAUGUUGGAAAGGAAUAUACCUGUUGAAUAUGUGCUGUAUCCCGAUGAAGGACACGGUUUUGCUAGACCACCUAAUCGAUUAGACUUUUUAGGAAGAGCAGAAAUAUUUUUGUCCAAAUAUAUUGGAGGUCGCUGUGAACCAUAUGAAAAAGUUGCCGAGAGUACCGCUUGUUUACCUAUUCAAGAGGGUCUUCUUAAAUAAUGGGGUUUGUGGACUUAAUAAAGUUACUUUUAGUGUUUGUUAGGAUUCGUUUUGACUCGAGUCUAAAAAACUGCAUUUUGAGAGAAAGAGUAGUUGGAUUCCAUUCUGGACCAAGUGACCUGUUUUUGUACAUAAAGAAGAGCCAGUGUUGUCAACGCUUUGAACUUGGCUCAAGUUUAGUACUGAAACUAUUCCGUCUUUAAUUUCCAACUAAUUCAUUGUUUUAGUUGGACAAGUGUACUUUUAUUAUCUACGUUUCUUUGUAAAGUUCUGGAAUUCAUUCUUUCAUAACCGUCCAUCGAGUUCUCUUGAGCACUGAGUUCCUGGUAGACUUUAGUGUUUUUUUGUGUACCAUUUUUUCUAUCUUUUUGAAGUCUACACACUUUAUGCAACACUUAUUGUUGCUUCAACUUGUGGUAUUAUAUGGAAACUUGAGAUUUGCAUUUUCGAGAAGAGAGCAAAGACAAAGGAGUUUAAGCUGUUGUUGAGUUCUAGCAGAUCACUCCAUUAGUUGCUCGCAAGUCCAUUUAGUUUUAUAAUUGUUU